AUGCAAGCUUCAGUAGAUCCUCAGUCUUCUCCUUCCUCUGUCAGGGUUUCUACUGCUUUAUCUAUCUCUACUCAGAACAAUACUCCUACUCCAGAUGUAGUUUUGGUAGAACCUAGGCCUUUAGAAAAGGAGAAAUCAGCAUUGAUGGAAUUUGAAACUGUUGAGCUUACCCCUCAAAUAACUCAGCUGGAGAAGAAACCCACUGGCCCUGCAAAAACAUGGAAAAGAAUGGGGAACGAGUCUGAUAAACAGCCCGGCCCGAAUCAUGGGGACACGCAGCCAAUCCCAUACCGGGUGGUGGGAAAGACGAGAAAGAGUCCGCUGCAGACUAUCCCGACCAUGAGCGGGAAGCUCUGCAUGGCCUCGUCCAUCUCCUUCCCGUGGCCGCCCGGCACCACGCAACCCGUCACCCGGUGGUCCGACAGUGCAAUCGCAAGGAAAACGAGGGCCGACAUGAGGGCGUGGACAAGGUCGCCCAGCCCGGCUCGGUACCUCUCGUCCCGAGGCACCUCCACGCCAAGGCCCGGCUUGAACACGGCCAGCUCGCCCGUAGUAAAGCCUGCCGUCGGGCGCUCGGAAGGAGUCGGUGAAGUGGAAGAAGAAGCAGGAGAGGGAGCAGAGGCUGAGGAGGGAGUAGAUCAUAAUUCUUAUGUUGAUUGA